CACAUGAAUUCCGUUUGGAAUCAGGCUUUAUGCUUAAGUACUACUGCCAUCGAUACUUAAGAAAAUGGUGAUGUUCAAUUUUUUCGCCUAAUUCAAACUUUAUAUGAUUUUCUUUUCUUAUCAAAUUGAACGAAAAUUUCCGUUGGAAAAUAAUAUUAUUUAUUAUUGCGGAUGAUUUUCAACUGUUUUUCCGCCAAAGCUGAAUUCUUCUCUUUGCACACUUAAUGAAAACUGAUACCGACACGUUUGAAUUGUGAACAUAAACGAUUGACAGACGAAAAUGAAACAGGGAAAAGGUCUUUUCUGCUAUUGCGUGAAGAAAUGUCAUUCUUUGUCAAAAUUUCCAUGCAUGUAAUCCAUAUAAAACAAUACAUAGACAAUUACAAAUUCAAUCAUAUGUGAAUUAUGCUGUGUCUUUCACUCAGACCACUCAAAAAUAGAAAGACUGAAAACAUCGAAAAAGACAGACGAAGGCUUAGUAGCUCGCACACAAUUAACACACGAAGACAACGACGACCAUUCUUACUUAAUUCUCUUUGUAUAACUGCUGCUUUAGGGGCUAAAACAAAUAAAAGAAAAAAGAAAGAAAAAAAAACGCGAACGUACUGCGAGAAGCUGGAACGUAAAAAUAUGUUCACGCCAUUGCGAUAAAAACUAGUUGAAGCACCAGUUAUUUGGGUUAAAAUGUUAUCGCUGUUGCCAAAAGUUGAGUCAACAUUUAAAUUCGAGACUUAUUUUCACAAGUGAGGCUUUUUGAUUUGAUUCUUUUGAAACAAAAACCAUCGAUUACAACAAAAAAUAUGGCAGGAAUUUAUGGGCUUUCACGCGAAGCUGUUCGUGUUAAAGUAAAAAAAUGUGAAGGCAGUCUACCGUGCGAAUGGCGAAAAUUUAGUGUUGAUCCACAAAUUACAUCGUUGGAAGUACUGUAUAGCAUUUUGGCAAAAGCGUUUGACCUAAAAUCCGACUUUAGCAUAAGUUAUAAAACGGUCGAUCCAAAUGGCCAAGAGGUUUAUCUUGGCGUUUUAUCCGAUUGGGACCUUGAUGCAGCAUUUCUCAGGGCUCACAAUCAUUCCAUAUCGCAUGGUACGGAUCCGUGUCUUAGCCUAACGGUUGAUAUUAAACCAUUUUCCGAAACAUCUGAUUGGGAUACAACAAAUACAACGACAAAAGAGGUAACACCAUUACAACAAUCAAUUGGAGUUGGACAAAAAUACGUGCAAAAUGUUCAAAGUCGUUUGCCUGGCCUGAUUAUGAAUCAUAUGGAAAAAACAUUCUCAAUGGUAACGCGUGCGUUAAAUUUCGUUGAGGAUCAAAGUAUUUUACAGCCAUUAAGACAGCCAUUGUCGGACGCUGAAUUUCGUUCGUUUCUCGAUUCGGUUGGACAAAUUGUACAAGCGAAAAAUCUCCGCAAAGUCAUUUAUAAUGGUGGUAUCGAUCCGAGUUUACGUCGUGUCGUAUGGAAACACAUAUUGAAUGUGUAUCCGGAGGGUAUGACUGGACGACAACGUAUGGAUUAUAUGAAACAAAAGGCAGCUGAAUAUUAUCGUUUGCGUGAUGUAUGGCGGGUAGCCAUUCAACAAGGGCCUGUUGCGGGUGAAUUAGCGUAUGUUACAAGUAUGGUACGGAAAGAUGUACUUCGAACUGAUAGACUGCAUCCAUUUUACGCUGGAAACGAUGAUAAUCAAAAUAUCGCAUCACUUUUCAAUAUUCUCACCACAUAUGCACUCAACCAUCCGGCCGUUAGCUAUUGCCAAGGAAUGAGUGACAUUGCCUCACCUCUUUUGGUUACAAUGUGUGACGAAGCACAGGCGUAUAUUUGUUUCUGUGCAAUUAUGAAGCGUUUGAGCACUAAUUUCAUGCUUGAUGGAAUUGCAAUGACACAGAAAUUUACCCAUCUGUCCGAAGCGCUACAGUUUUACGAUCCCGAAUUUUUCGAUUACCUAAAAUUGCAACAGGCGGACGAUCUAUUAUUUUGUUAUCGAUGGCUGUUAUUAGAAAUGAAACGCGAAUUUGCGUUUGAUGAUUCGCUGCGAAUGUUGGAGGUACUCUGGAGCAGUUUGCCGUCACAGCCACCAAUUGGCGAACUAAAUUUAUUCGAAAAAGAAUUCGUACCGCCGACCAAAGAUGCUCAAUCAUCGCCAAAAAGUACAUCGUCCGAUGUUAUAAUGCGAAAACCACGUGAAACUGCAUACACAAAACUGUGUGCAUUACGGCGUCAAAGUUCAUCACAAUCACUUUUGCUCACAUCACCAAAUACAAUCAAUUCCAGCGAUUCGACAUCGUUUGGACGCAGUUUAGACGGUACAAAGCGUUUCAAUCAAAGUUUAGAUGAAAAUAUAACACGAACACCAGUGGGUAACAGUCGAAAUAUUUCGAAAAGUUAUCAAAGUUUAGACGAAUCAAAACUUCGGCAAAUGACACAACAUCAUAAUCAAAAAGCAACCAUACAACUAACCGAAAUCAAUGAUAAGUCACAAGUUAACAAUUUUGAAGUGAAAAAUAAUGAGAAAAAUCAACAACAAUCCGAUGCAUCACUCAAUAACAAUGAUGAGGUUGGGGAGGAACAUUUGGUGACCAAAUCACAAACAACGCACAUAAAACCAGAUGAACAAUCGACAACGACCAACAAUAAUCACAUAAUGCCAACGUCGGAAGAUUCGAAUUCAACCGCGUCAAGUCAUUUUAAAGGGCUAAAAGAUCGAAUUGCGGCCAGUAAAAAGGAAAUAUUUGCAUCGUUCGAUAAAAUUGAAAAGUAUCCAUUUGAAGAUUUAGUGAAAUCGAAUUCAGUCGAAUCAGAGAAUCAAUCGGGUGAAACAACACCAAAAGGUGGCAAAAUUGUGAAAAAUUUUAAUGAAUUUCUGAAUUUUGCGUCAAAAGGUGCUAAAUUAACAUUGAUUCGAUCGGCAAGUGUUAGUUCAAGUGAAUCACGCAGUAGUAAACGGGCAUCACUUCGCAUGACACGAUCAUCACAUCAAAAUUUAAAUUCGGAAAAAAUUCUGGACACAGACAAAAUGGAUGAUUCAAGUCCGAAGGAGAAUGAACCAAAUGUUAUGAAUCGCAUUAAUAAAAAGAAACUGCAAUUACAAUUGGAAGAGAAGAAGCAAUCUAGUUUUGACGGCAGCAGUCCAGAUGAUUCGGAAUAUUUUCCAAUGACCACUUCCAUAACACGUGAAUGUUAUCUUGAAUUGGACAAUUUGAAUCGGCAAGUGUUUGGCAACAAUUUUUCGCAAUCAAAAGUGAAUACAAAUGGUUUUGAUAUGGCCGAUUCCAAAGAUUCGCUUGAUUCACACAUAAGCAAUAACCGUUCAUCGGCCAAUUUUUCCACAAAAAUAUCAUACAAAAAAUUCAAUGAAAGUUCCGAAGACGAUGUGCAAUUAGAUCAAAUUUAUAGUAUAUCAAGUGAUAAAAAUCCGACUGAAGAAAUUGGUAGAAGUGGUGCUGGCGGUUUCAAUGCCGAAGUAUUUGUUUGGGAAAAUCCAUUGCAUGUAUCGCCAACGGUCCAAGAGCCAAGCACAUCAAAAUCUCAUUCCAAUGUCGACACCAAAAAUCCAUUCUACGAAAAAGACUUCCUGCAAACAUUAACCCCCGACGAACAGAUUGAACUCGAAUACGAUGGUGAGUUGAUUGAUGAAGUAACGGGCAAAAAAUCAAUAACACCAAUUCGAUUGGUUCGGAAAAAAGACGAUGAUCGCUGUUCUUCGAAACGAAAUUCAAAAGUCUUGCGAAAUGAUUCGGAAACGGACAGUGAGAAUAGUGAAAAAGUGUUGAACGACUUGAUGAAAACAUCAAUGCUCAGUGAAACAAAUCCAUUUUUAAUGGAUAUAACGGCAUCGGCAGCUUCAAUUGACAAUACAACGCCAACCAAUAAUCAAGAUGUUUUCAUUGAUGAGGAAGCGUCAGAAGCGGAAACCGAACCGAAUAUCGUUUUAUUGGAUAAAGUAACCACAACCACCACAUUACCACCGCCAAAUGAAUUCGGUGGCGGUAAUCCAUUUUUAAUGUUCUUAUGCUUGUCAUUAUUGCUUCAGCAUCGAAAUUUUGUAAUGAAAAACAAUAUGGAUUACAAUGAGAUGGCUAUGCAUUUUGAUAAAAUGGUGCGUAAACAUAAUGUCGUUCGGGUAUUAAAUCAAUCGCGGCGCAUGUACGCUGACUACCUUAAAUCUCAAAACAUUCAACGCAAGUAUUCGGCAACCAAUGCAAGCGCCAGUGGCACAGCCAACAAAACAAACACAAAUCGUGUCGGUACAAAACAGUGAUAAAAAAAUAUAUACUAUAAUAAAACCGAAUAGCAUCUAUUCGAACCACCAGCUAAGCAAAUACUAUAUAGAAUUUUUUUUUUCAAAGAAAGCGGAUAUUUUAGCGAUUUAAGUCAAAUUUAAAUGAUAUAUUUAUCAAACAAAAACAAUUAGCUCGUACUCAUUCCAAUUUACUCUAUGAUUUUGUUCCUCAUUGUGUUAGAUGAUCAUAAUUGUGUAUAAAUGAUUAUAAAAAAGAAAAUCAAUCAGAGAUUGUUUUUGAUUUUUGCUUAAGAUUUGGAAAAAAAAGUAGAAAAAUUUAAAUUUUUGAGGCAUUGUAUCGUUUCCAACACAAAAUUCAUGUAAAAUCAUAUAAAAAAAUUGUAAUUAUAAUUUAUUUCAAAUAUUAUCUUCAAAUCAGCACAUUUUGGCACCGAAAGUUUGGUAACAAUUUGCAAACAAAAAAUAAGGCAUAUUACUACUUAAAAAAACGAAUCAAUCAAAAAUAUCCAAAGCACAAACUUUUUGGUCUCUUUCUU